AUGUGGUUCAGGCAGUCACUGUCGGCCCUGUGGCUGGCCGCAAUGGCCAUGGGCACCGCGAAGGCGGAUGAUGGAGAAGUCAAGAGCAUUGCACUUCGAACACACUCCCUGAACCAGCCCUACCUCGAUUCCGACAUGGCAAGUCGGUGGUACGACUUUGGAGGAGACACCAUUGUCCGAACGGACUCGUACAUCCGGUUGACCUCGGACCGCCCGUCGCAAACCGGAUGGCUCUUCUCGAGAGUACCCUUGACAGCGACCAACUGGGAGAUCGAGGUCGAGUUCAAGAUCCACGGCAAGAACCAGCUCUACGGCGACGGUUUCGCCAUGUGGGUGACCAAAAGCCGCGCCCAGGCUGGUCCCGUUUUCGGCAGCCCGGACAACUUUGAAGGCCUCGGCAUCUUCUUCGACACGUACAAGAACAACCGCCCCGGUACUGUCUUCCCCUACGUCAUGGCCAUGUACGGCGACGGCAAGACCCCUUACGACAAGGACAACGACGGCAAGAACACGGAGCUAGCUGGCUGCUCCGCCCGCGGCAUCCGCCACGCCAGCGUGCCCACAAAGGCCAAAGUCACGUACUUCCAGGACAAGCUCCUCAAGCUGGAGCUGCAGUACAAGAGCGAGGGCGAGUGGACCUUGUGCUUCGAGACCAGCGAGCCCCCCGCCAUCCCUCAGAUCGCUUACCUAGGCUUCAGCGCCGAGACGGGCGAGCUGAGCGAUAACCACGACAUCAUCUCCGUGCAGGCGAAGAACCUCUACACCACGCAGGCCGGCAAGAGCAGCAGCAAGACGACCCCCGGUAGCGGCAAGGGCAAGAAGGGAUCCUCGAUUACGAAGGAGAGCGGCGGCGGCAGCUGGACAUGGACCUUUUUCAAGAUCUUCCUCUUCUUUGGCGUCCUCGGUGGCGGUUACGUCGGCUACACGGCCUGGAGGGCGAAGAGCGAUAAGAGACAUCGUUUCUAA